AUGAAGCGGCAGAACGUGCGGACGCUGGCGCUGAUCGUCUGCACCUUCACCUACCUGCUGGUGGGCGCCGCCGUCUUCGACGCGCUCGAGUCCGAGGCGGAGACGGCGGAGAGACGGCGGCUGGAGGCCAAGAGCGACGAGCUCAAGAGAAAGUACAACCUGAGCGCCGAGAGCUACGGCGAGCUCGAGCGGGUCGUGCUGAAGCUCAAGCCGCACAACGCCGGCGUCCAGUGGAAAUUCGCCGGCUCCUUCUACUUCGCCAUCACCGUCAUCACCACCAUAGGCUACGGGCACGCAGCGCCCAGCACGGACGGCGGGAAGGUUUUCUGCAUGCUCUACGCGCUGCUGGGCAUCCCGCUGACCCUGGUGAUGUUCCAGAGCCUGGGCGAGCGCAUCAACACCCUGGUGCGCUCGCUGCUGCGCCGCCUCAAGAAGCGCCUGGGCAUGCGGCGGCCGGAGGUGUCCAUGGCCAACAUGGUGACCAUCGGCUUCUUCUCGUGCGUCAGCACGCUCUGCAUCGGCGCCGCCGCCUUCUCGCACUACGAGAACUGGAGCUUCUUCCAGGCCUACUACUACUGCUUCAUCACGCUGACCACCAUCGGCUUCGGCGACUACGUGGCGCUGCAGAAGGACCACGCGCUGCAGACGCAGCCGCAGUACGUGGCCUUCAGCUUCGUCUACAUCCUCACGGGGCUGACGGUCAUCGGCGCCUUCCUCAACCUGGUGGUGCUGCGCUUCAUGACCAUGAACGCCGAGGACGAGCGCCGCGACGCCGAGCAGCGGGCGCUGCUCGGCCGGGGCGCUCGCUCCGGAGCCGUGGCCGCCGUCCCCGAGGGCGCCGCGGUGGCCCCGGCCGAGAGCGGCUUCAGGAACGUCUACGCCGAGGUGCUGCACUUCCAGUCGGUGUGCUCGUGCCUGUGGUACAAGAGCCGCGAGAAGCUGCAGUAUUCCAUCCCCAUGAUCAUUCCCAGGGAUUUGUCCAGCUCGGACACGGGCGUGGAGCGCAGCCACUCGUCGCCCGCGCGCUGCCCCGAGACUCCGGAGCACCGGUGCUUCUGCCGCUCCCGGCGCUCCGCCAUCAGCUCCGUGUCCACCGGGCUCCAGAGCCUGGCGGCGUUCCCGGGAUUCGCCAAGAGACGCAGCUCCGUGUAGCCCCCAUCAUGCCCUCCCAUCCCGGAUCCCUCCUGGAGCGGGAGGAAGCUGCUCCGGACACGGGAAUGACGCCGGAGCGGGGCCGUGCCCGUUGGCUCCGGAAUGGAUUUUAAUUUAAAACCUCUUGGAUUUUAAUUUCACACACACACACACACACACAAAAACCACUCCUUGAAAAUGUGAAACUUGGGAGAGCGGGAGAGCCUCGGAAUUGAGGGGCACCUCCCACCGUGGGCAGCUCUGGAUCCUCGGGAAUUCCCCGGGAAGCGCAGAGGGACCCGACGGCUGCGGAAAUCAGGCUAAGAGGGGCUUAGCCAGAGCUUUUCCACAUCAGCCGCCCGCAAAAGCAGCCGGGAGUCACGUAGGCUGCUCCAAACCCUGGGAUUUGGGGCUGUCUUAACCCAAAUUGGUGGCGGGGCAGAGCUGGGAGUUCUCGGGAUUUAGCGGGAAUCAUCCAUGGGAGGCUGGCUGAUCCCACGGGAUUUCCGUGUCCAUCCACACCGAGGGUCUGGGGAUGGGGUUGUUCCCCUCAGGAAGG